ACAAACUACAAACCCUGGCGGCGCGCUCGCGUGAAGUACUUCAUUGUAUCAGCUUGAGACGGGAGGAAGCAACGAGCGACUCGCCUGCUCGGUAACUCUGCACCGGGAAACCACAGAAAAACCCCACAGCAAGCCACAUAAACUGCAGGGAUGGCAGCCAUCCGCAAGAAGCUGGUGAUAGUGGGGGAUGGUGCUUGUGGAAAGACCUGCCUUCUGAUCGUCUUCAGCAAGGACCAGUUCCCUGAGGUCUACGUCCCCACUGUGUUCGAGAACUACGUCGCCGACAUAGAGGUGGAUAGCAAACAGGUGGAGUUGGCGCUGUGGGAUACUGCGGGUCAGGAGGACUACGACAGGCUGAGACCUCUCUCCUACCCAGACACUGACGUCAUCCUCAUGUGCUUCUCCAUAGACAGCCCCGACAGCCUGGAAAACAUCCCAGAGAAGUGGACCCCAGAGGUGAAACACUUCUGUCCCAAUGUUCCCAUUAUCCUGGUUGGAAACAAGAAGGACCUGCGUAACGACGAGCACACGCGCCGAGAGCUGGCCAAGAUGAAACAGGAGCCGGUGAAGUCUGAGGAGGGCCGGGACAUGGCCGGCAGGAUCGCGGCCUUCGGCUACAUGGAGUGCUCCGCUAAGACCAAGGACGGCGUGCGGGAGGUGUUCGAGAUGGCCACCAGGGCGGCGCUGCAGGCCCGCCGCGGGAAGAAAAGCAAUAAAUGUGUCGUGCUGUAAAAUGGCCGACAUAUUUGGACUGUUUUCACCCUGGGCUUCUGCAGCCGGGGAUUGGGGAGGGACUGGGGAUUACUAGACGGGGAGGGAGGGGAGGGGGGUGCAGCAGCAAGAAGAAACAAGUGCAGUAAAUGACUACCGCUGUAAAAUGGCUGUUUGUUGGACUGAAUUGACCCUGGGACGUGGAGCGGAAUGGAUGGGUGGGUUUGGGGGGGACGACUACCGCUCAACCAUUGGGCUCUUUGCCAGAGUAACAUCACGUUGGGACCUUUACACCAGCCACCACAUAUAUGCUGGUGCAUUUUAUUUUAUUUUUUCAUCAAGCCACUUACAGAUCUUCGAAUUCAUUCAGUUUCCAGUUAAUUACCGGGCGGUCCAGAUUGUGUUCCCUAUGAACAAACGAAAAGGUUUAGUUUCCUGCCUGGAGGCCUCGAUGCAAUAUGGGGGCGAACAGGGCUCAGCCAAUGUAGACCACAGGACUGGGAGGACUGCAGCGCUGAUCAACCACGAGGGGAUCAGCGCCCAAAAAGUAGACGCAUCCGCACUAAACUUCAUAUCUUGUUCUUCUCAAAUCUUCAAUUUGUAAAAUAAGACAUUCGAAUAAACUAAAAAAAAAAGCCGGUCCUGUUUGUUGAACAAGUGGCCACCUGCAGCCGGGUCUUCUGGGUAUUAUCAUCAUCAGAGUGGCAGGGAGCCACGUGCUCACGUGUCCGGGUACGUCGCUGCGGAUAAUCCCGCGCUCACGGUGACAAGCGCGCUGAGCCGUACUCCCGCCGGAGUGCAGCUCGCGCGCGGUUUUGAGGGCAGCUGAAGUCAGCGCUGGUUGCAGAGCUGCUUCCUGUGCGUCACGGCUUGAGCUGUUCGCCACCUGGAUUCCCCCUCGCCGCUUUAAAUGUCAAACAUGUCACCAGGAGGGUUUGCAGAGGCAUCAUGGCGCCGAUCAGCUGACCAUUCGUGUCCCCUAGGCGGUCUCCGUGGAAGUGGCAGGUUAAUUGUGGUCCGGCUGGAUGACCCACGGUAUUUUUCUGUCCCACAUCAAUGGCCGGACCGAGGAGGGAGGAGAGCCCUUCUUGGUCCACACAGCCGAAUAUUGUGUUUACAAGCAUCCCCACACAUUUGGGAUGAACGAAUGGGAUGAAUUUUCUUUGUGUAGGCAGGUGUAAAGGUCCAGUGUACCGUUCUCCAGAACUAGUCGAUGGUGUUCUAGGAUGUUAUUCAGCGGUAGCGGUUGGCACCUACCAUCUGCUUGAAUAGUUCCACUCCACAAGACAAACCUGACACGUUUUUAAUAUUUUCUGGAGAUGCCAGAAUGGUCAGGUUGGGCUGUAAAAAUAAAUAGAGCUCUUUGUCACGGAGUGGCAGCUUGAGCAUUUGCCAUUUGACGGUCUUCAUCUCUCCUGAGUGUUGAUCCCUCCCAUUCCUCCUCCUGGCCAAAGGGGAGGAGCCUGUUCCAGAAACUUGGUCUUGUGUCGUUUUUUUUAUACUUUUAUUUCCUGCUUUUAAAAAGAAAAAGUCAAAAAACAUGUAUCAGUAUUUAAAAAUAAGAGGUGGAAGACUAUGGGACUGCUUACGUGUCGUCGCUUUGGUUAAUUCUUUUGUGCUUUUACCGGGAUUUUCUCGGAUGAUUGACGGGUCCAUACGACAGACUGUCAAUCAUCUCUGCUGUUGUUGGGCAGUGCGGAGAAAGGCCGGCCUCUCGGCUGCCUGUAGAGCAUCGCCAGCUCGUCUGCUCGUGAACACAAACGUGGCUGAAAAAGACAAAGGAAAAACGAUAAGUCUCCUUAUGUACAAAUUUUUAUUUCUACUUUUAUUGUAUUUUUAAAAUCCUAAUUUUGGAUGCUGAAGCAGAGAUGUAAACCAAGCGACCGGGAAAAACCGAGCUGUACGCAAAGUCUGUAAAUAUAGAAUGUGGGUUUGUUCAUACUAGACUACACACACGCACAAGACUGGAAACUGUAUUUGUAAACUAGCUUUGGUUUGUGUAAUAAAUGACUUUCUAUAACACA